GGUGUGACCUGGCUGUGGCUCCCAGGGUGCCAAGGAGGCGACGCCCGCGCGCCCCAGGGGAGGAGGCGGCUGGGGCCGGGGAGCCGCCCCCUCUCGCCGCCGGAGAACAAACGGGAUAUUCAGCAGUGGUCUGUGGCUGCCAGAGCAACUCCUCGCGGGGGAAUUCAGUGUGGAGUCGGGCUGCUCCGCGAGCGCCUUUAAAAGCGCCCCCACCGCGGCCGCCGCGCGCACCCAGCUUCCCGGGCGGUCCCACGGCGGCGAGCGAGAGAGCGAGGGGCGAGCGCGCGUCUCUGCCCGCGGGGGCGCCUGGGCGCGCGGUGUGCACACGGGGGCGCGCCGGCCGGGGGGCGAGUCCCGCGCGUCUCCAGCGGCCAUGAGGGGCGCGGGCGCCUGGGUCCCGUUCUGCCUGCUGCUGGUCGCCGGGCUUUCGCGGCCACAGCCCGGGGAGAGACCUGUGUUCACAUGUGGUGGCAUUUUUACUGGAGAGUCCGGAUUUAUUGGCAGCGAAGGUUUUCCUGGAGUGUAUCCUCCAAAUAGCAAAUGCACUUGGAAAAUCACAGUUCCAGAUGGGAAAGUUGUGGUUCUUAAUUUUCGCUUCAUAGACCUGGAGAGUGACAACCUGUGCCGUUAUGACUAUGUGGAUGUGUACAGCGGCCAUGCCAGCGGCCAGCGUAUUGGUCGCUUCUGUGGUACCUUCCGGCCUGGUGCUUUGGUGUCCAGUGGCAACAAGAUGAUGGUACAGAUGAUCUCCGAUGCCAACACUGCUGGGAAUGGCUUCAUGGCCAUGUUCUCUGCUGCUGAGCCCAAUGAAAGAGGAGAUCAGUAUUGUGGAGGACGCCUGGAAAAACCUUCUGGCUCUUUUAAAACUCCCAACUGGCCAGAGCGCGAUUACCCUGCAGGAGUCACCUGUGUGUGGCACAUUGUAGCCGCGAAGAACCAGCUUAUAGAAUUAAAGUUUGAGAAGUUUGAUGUUGAACGAGAUAACUACUGCCGAUAUGAUUAUGUGGCUGUGUACAACGGUGGGGAAGUUGACGAUGCGAGACGAAUUGGGAAGUACUGUGGUGAUAGCCCACCUGCGCCAAUUGUAUCUGAGAAAAAUGAGCUUCUCAUUCAGUUUUUGUCAGACUUAAGUUUAACUGCAGAUGGGUUUAUUGGUCACUAUAAAUUCAGGCCAAAAAAAUUGCCCAUGACCACACUAUCUCCUGUUACUACCCCAGCUCCUGUGACUACAGGUUUAAAACCCACUGUGGCUCUGUGUCAGCAAAAGUGCAGACGGACGGGGACUCUGGAGAGCAAUUAUUGUUCAAGUAACUUUGUGUUGGCUGGCACUGUUAUCACAACCGUCACCCGAGGUGGAAGUCUACAUGCCACUGUCUCAAUCAUCAACAUCUACAAGGAGGGAAAUCUGGCCAUUCAGCAGGCAGGCAAGAAUAUGAGAGCCAAGAUCAUGGUGGUCUGCAAACAGUGCCCUCUCCUUAGAAGAGGUCUAAAUUACAUUAUUAUGGGCCAAGUGGGUGAAGAUGGGCGAGGCAAAAUCAUGCCAAACAGCUUUAUCAUGAUGUUCAAGACCAAGAAUCAGAAAUUCCUGAAUGCCUUGAAGAACAAGCAAUGUUGACAAUGAACUGUGUCAAUUUACACUGCCUUUGAAAGAUUUUUUUUUUCCUCAGUAGAAAACAGAUCUUAGACUUAAUAGUUAGCGUUCUGAAAGGUUUACUCUUCACAUGUCGUAGCUAUGAAGCCUCCCAUAUCACGGAUGGAAGAUCUGUGCCGGCACCAAGAGGAGAAGGUUUCUGGUUGAAAACCUGCAGAUUGAGGGCCACAAUAGGAAACUGUGUUUCAGGCACUGAUGGUUUGGAAGCAGUUUAUUUGUACAUCUGUGUAAACGUAUAAUUUAAAAAUGAGUUUUGUGAAGAUGUAAAGAGAUUUAUAAGUGCAAUAUUUAUAGUGACAUUUGUUUUACCUUCAAACACUUGCUUUGUGGUGUUACAUUCUUCUCUGUCAUUUUUAAAAUCAAUGCUUAAUAAAAUAUUUUUGAGUGA